AUGGCUUCGAAAAAGGUAGCUAUUGUGGGCGGUGGAUGUUCCGGCCUUGCUGCCUUCUGGGCUCUGAAAGACUCAGGAUAUGAGGUCCAUCUUUUUGAAGCUGCGAGCAGGUUGAGGGGGCUCACUCACUUGGUACAGUAUGAGGAGAAAGGAUACCAAAUCGGGGUCGAUUCUGGACUUGCUUGUUUCAAAGCUUCUACUUCACGUGAGUUGCUCUCUAUCUGGAGCUUGUCUCAGGAACUCACUCGGGGAGCAGCAAAUCUAUAUGCAUUUCUGCGGGAACUUCAGAUUCCUUGUCACGACACCGAAUUUUCGAUCGCCUCGUCCCGACUUGAGGACUCGUUUGAAUGGCGAAGCUCAUCGCUCUUCGCCAUUCUUUCUCGCAACCUGCUACGGCUGGACAUGUGGAGAAUGCUCAUUGAUAUUGCGAAAUUCAACUAUUUCGCGCUGGAUUUGCUGAGGAAUGAACAGUGCGCCAAAAGGAAUAGACCUCGGACACAAAGAAGGGCCAGCAAAACUUCUAGUCGCCCACAGUCGCAAAAGAGCAUUGGCACUUUUUUGGCUAACGAGGGAUAUUCAAAUGCCUUCCGUGAUAAUUACCUAGUCCCGCUGAUUGCCGUACUCUGGAACGUCUAUAAUCCAAGGGAUGCUCUUGAGCUGCCAAUUGCGCUCCUUCUACAUUUUCUGGCGGACUGCAACCUUCUCCGAAGCUCAUUAUUUUGGUCAAAGUGGAUGUUUGUAAGGGACCCUCUAAAUGAACUCGAGGCAAUGAUUACUGAAUCUGCACCUCCUGAAAGGAUUCAUCUCAAUACCACAGUAAAAUCGAUUAACCAAAGCCAUAAAUCGGGCUGGCUUAAGGUCGAACGUGGAGGGCAAAUAGAAGAUUUUAACCAUGUCAUCAUAGCAACCUCCGCUCAUGAAGCUUUGAGGAUGAUUUCCGCGAGCGCGACUGAUAAGGAGAUACAAGUUCUGAGCGGAUUUCAAUCGGUAAGGACCGUUGGUAUCCUCCAUUCUGACACUACGCUCGUGCCGAAACGAAAACGUGUCUGGGCUACCUUUAACCACAUGACGAAAUCCCCCAUCAGUUCCACUGACAACAGCCAAUUCUGUACAUCCUUUUACAUGAAUCGACUGCAAGGCAUUCCAGAAGCCACAUAUGGUCCUGUGCUAAUUACUCUUAAUCCAAUCUCCCCUCUCCACCCACUCCGUGUACAGGGGAUAUGGGAAUACUCCCGCUUCAUCUUCAACAAUCGAGCACUGGAAUCGCAGAAAAUACUCCUCCAAAUCCAAAAUACACGUAGACUGAGUUACUGUGGCCCGUGGACUGGGUAUGGUCGUUACGAGGAUGCCGUUAGAAGUGCCUUUCAAGUCGCUGUGGAUCAUCUAGGUGCUGAAUUGCCGUUCGGGGUCAUGGCUGAAGACCCAUCUUCGGUUGUAGGCAUGAAAGUUUCUGACUUGAAACUAAGAGAUAUGCCGGUGAGAUUUCUUUUGAGGGUGGUGUUGGUUAUUUAUUGGAUCUUGGGCAUCGUGAGACGGGUAGUUCUUUAUUUCCAGAUGGCUUGGUGGAGGAUGAGAGACAUGAAAGUCGAGAGGGGAGGGAGAUACGGUGUGUGGAUGAAGAAGGAUGUUUAG